AUGUUCCCCGGUGACUCUACCGACUCUACUCCCCACCAGUACCACCAGUACACCAUGGAGGAGGACGGCUUCCACUCCAUCUCCUGGGACGAUGCCCCGCCGGCUCGCGCCGCUGCCGGUUUCGCCGACAUGUCAGCCGUGGGCGCCGCAGACGACGACGACGAUGACGGUUUCGACAAGAUCUCCGCCACCUCGCCGCUGCACGAGGAAGCCCCAGAGCAGCCCUCCACCUCACGGCCGCCCCAGCCCCAGACGCACACUGCUGCCCGGGGAGCAGCACCGGAACUCGACAUUGAUGACUUGUGGGGCGGCAGGUGGAUGUCUGUCACAGUCUCGGAUCCCGUCAAGGAGCAUGAGGGCAGCAAGGACAUGUACGUGUCGUACGCUGUCAAGACUCAGACGAACCUGCCGACGUUUGAGAAGCCGUCAGCCAGCGUACGCCGUCGCUUCCAAGACUUUGUCUUCCUCCGUGACCACCUCGCCAAGAGCUUUCCGGCUUGCGUGAUCCCGCCCAUCCCCGACAAGCACAGGUUAGGUGAGCUGCUGCCUCGGUGCUCUGUAGCUGACAUGGCAGAGUACAUCAAGGGUGAUCGCUUCUCGUCCGAGUUUGUGGAGAAGCGCAGACUGGACCUGCAGCGCUUCGUCGACCGAUUGGCCAAGCACCCGAUCCUGCGCCGGAGCAAGCUCGUAUGCGACUUCUUGUCGAGCGAGAACUGGUCGGUCGCCAAGCACAAGCACCUCGCAAACCCGCCGCCCGAUUCCCACACGUCUCUGAUGGAUUCUCUGAGCGACACACUCGUGAAUGUGUUCACACGCGUGCGCAAGCCCGACCCGCGCUUCGUCGAGAUGACGGACAAUCUCGAACGAUUCGAGGAUGGAAUGAGCCAGAUCGAGCGCCUGGUCACGCGGAACAAGAACCGCGGAGAUGAUCUUGCUGCGGACUACCAGGACAUGGCUGCGGCGUACCAGGGCCUCGGCUACCUCGAGAGCGGAAUCACGGAGCCGCUGAACCGGUUCGCGGAGAAGAUGCUCGACUUCUCCACCCUGCUCAAGCACCAGAACCAGGCGGCGUUAGAGCCCUUCCUCCAGCAGACGCACUCGCUGCUGGCGUACUCGGCCGCUCAUCGUGCCACGAUCAAGCUCCGCGACCAGAAGCAGCUCGACUUUGAGGAGCUCGGCGCCUACCUUUCGGCCGUCGUCAGUGAGCGCGAUCGUCUCGCUGCCCUCAACUCGGGUCAUGCGGGCGGUCCCGUGGGACUCGGCACAUACUUGCGUGACCAGGUCGAUAAGCUGCGCGGCACCGAUGACAUCCACACACGCCGCGAGCGCAUGCGCAAGCUCGACGGCAAGAUCCAUGAGCUGCAAGAGGCCGUGACGGCAGCAAACGACACGUCGAACAGUUUCUCAGACGAGGUGCUGAAGGAGCACGAAAUCUUCGAGCUCUCAAAGCAGCAGGAAAUGAAGGAGCUCCUGAAGCGGUAUGCGGAUGGGCAGGUCGAGAUGCUCCAGCGCGCAAUGGAUGACUGGGACAGGCGUAUCCGGGUCGAGGUCUAG